CCACCCCCUUCCCAUGGCUACGAGUAGCUGGAGAACGCUCCUCCUCCGGAUCGGCGACAAGUCCGCGGAGUACGGCGGCGCCACCGAUCACAAGGAGCACAUCGUGAGUGCGCUCUACCUUGCUUCUCUUUUGAAUCGCUUCAUUUUGGAUAAAACCUACUUGCGAGUCGUUCAGAAUGCGUUUGCGUGCACCUCUGACUGCUCCUCUUUUGCAUCGCUCCUUUUGAUCUUAGUUCUAGCAUUGGGCAAUUUUGCAAAACCGUUGGUUCUUGGAUUUUGGGAUCAUGGUUUUGGGAUCAAGAGAUGGUUUUUGGAUGGGAAUUUGGCGUGCGAUAUGGAUUCUAUAUCUAGUAUCCUCAAGAGGUCCAAGUUCAUGUUCCUUCUUCAGUGCGUCGAACAGUUGCCGCACAAGAUUCCUCUGUAUGGAGUGUUGGUUGGUUUAAUAAAUCUAGAAAGUGAAGAAUUUGUCAAGAGAGUGGUGGAUGCAGCAUAUUCUAACUUACAGGAUGCCUUAUACAAGGAAAAUUGUAAUAAGAUACGGAUAUUUAUGCGGUUCCUAACUGGCCUGAUGAGUUGCAAAGUUAUUUCACCAAAUUCUAUUAUUGAGACCUUUGAGACUUUGUUAUCAUCUGCUGCAACAACAAUUGAUGAAGAGGCUGGAAAUCCCUCAUGGCAGCCACGAGCUGACUUUUAUGUUAAUUGUAUAUUGUCUUCUCUUCCAUGGGGUGGUACAGAAUUGGUUGAGCAAGUGCCAGACGAAUUGGAAAGAGUCAUGGUUGGCAUACAGUCUUAUAUAAGAAUCAGAAGGCGCUCUCAGGACAUCUCUUUCAAAGUCUUUGAGGCAGAUGAGGGUAAAUCUUCUAGCGAGAAGGAUUUUAUUGAAGAUUUAUGGGAUCGUAUACAAGGUCUUUCCAACAAUGGAUGGAAAAUUCAAAGUGUGCCAAGGCCUCAACUGUCAUUUGAAGCACAGCUAGUGGCUGGGAAGUCUCAUGUUCUUUCUCCAAUAAGCUGUCCUGCUCAACCCACAGCUUUGCCAUCACGUUCUAAAAUCUCUAGAGGGCAAGAGAAUCAUGAAGCUGAGUUGAAGUAUUCUCAAAGGCUCCAUAGACUUCACAUAUUCCCUUCGAAUAAAGCGGAGAAUAUGCAACCUAUAGACCGUUUCGUUGUUGAGGAGUACCUGUUGGAUGUGCUUCUUUUCUUCAAUGGAUGCCGCAAAGAAUGUGCUUUCUACAUGGUUGGCCUGCCUGUGGCAUUCCGUUAUGAAUAUUUGAUGGCUGAGACGAUAUUUUCACAGUUACUAUUGCUGCCUCAACCACCUUUUAAACCAAUCUACUAUACGUUGGUCAUCAUCGAUCUUUGUAAGGCACUGCCAGGUGCAUUUCCUGCUGUUGUAGCAGGAGCUGUACGUGCUCUUUUUGACAGAAUAGGCGAUCUGGAUAUGGAAUGUCGCACUAGGCUUAUUUUGUGGUUUUCUCAUCACUUGUCAAAUUUUCAGCACAUUUGGCCUUGGCAAGAAUGGGCUUAUGUCAAAGACCUUCCAAAAUGGGCACCACAACGGGUUUUUGUUCAAGAAGUAUUAGAAAGGGAAAUUCGUUUAUCAUACUUUGACAAAAUCAAACAGAGUAUUGAAGAAGCAGCUGGACUGGAGGAGUUGCUCCCCCCAAAGGGUGGGUCUAACUUUAAAUAUCAAGCUGACGACAAUCAAGAAGGUACAGAAGGCCACAAGCUAUCGAAGGAUCUAAACAACAUGGUUAGAGGGAGGAAAAACGCGCAGGAGAUUUCUUCGUGGCUAGAAGAAAAUAUAAUUCCAGAGCAUGGCUCCAAAUUUGCACUUGAAGUUGUUGCACAGACUCUCCUUGAUAUUGGUUCAAAAAGUUUCACUCAUCUAAUCACCGUCUUAGAAAGAUAUGGUCAAAUUAUUGGCAAGUUAUGCCCUGAUCACGAUACGCAAGUUUUGCUAAUGGAUGUAGUUGGUUCCUAUUGGAAGAACAAUACACAAAUGACUGCUAUAGCUAUUGAUAGAAUGAUGGGAUAUCGGCUCAUAUCCAAUUUGGCAAUUGUUAAAUGGGUGUUUUCUCCCUCCAAUAUGGAGCAAUUCCAUAUUUCAGAUCGUCCAUGGGAGAUUCUCAAGAAUGCCCUCAAUAAGACUUACAAUCGCAUUACCGAUCUUCGAAAGGAUAUCCAAUUGAUUGAGAAAGGUGUUCCGGCAGCUGAAGAAGCCACUGCCAAAGCUAUUAAAGAAUAUGAGGAUGCUGAAGCAAAGCUCGAGAUUGUUGGUGGUCAGCCGGUGCCUGCUGAAAAACCAGUGAGGUUGAAACGGCUCAAGGGUUAUAUUGAGAAGGCAAAAGACGAGGAGCUUUCUAUACGCGAAUCAAUAGAAGCAAAAGGGGCUCUUCUUGAUCGAGCACUCGAGGAAAACAAGGCAUUGUUCAUAUCGCUAUACAAAAGCUUCGUUAAUGUGCUCACAGAACGCUUGCCUCCAGUGUCUCCUGAAGGGGAAUUGCCUGAUUUACGAGCUGGUAAUGUAAGCUCCAUGACUAUAGACCUCGAAGAGUCGGCAACUAUGGAUGUGGAUAAUGAGAAUGGAACAAAAGAUGAUAGCCAAGCAAACGGUGAGGGAGUAAAGCAAUACAAUAUCGGGGAGCGUGAGCAAUGGUGUCUAACCACAUUGGGCUAUCUCAAGGCAUUUUCGCGCCAAUAUGCUUCCGAGAUCUGGCCUCAUGUUGAAGUGCUGGAUUCAGAUGUUUUUGCUGGAGACAUUUAUCCGCUUAUCCGCAGAGCUGUCUAUUCAGGCUGUCAUACAGAAUGUUCGCCUGAAAACUAAUUCUCCGCUUCAGUUGAGGUUUACAAUCAUUAUUUCUUGCGACAUUAUACAAAAGACUGUUGAAGUGUUUACUUAUGUUCAGUAUAGUUAUGUUUAGAUACACAUGUAUCACCGAUGAAGCCUCCUAAGGACUCGAUCAAGGUGUUCGGUAAAGUGUAGAUCUAUAACGUUAUGAUGCAAAAUUAUAUACUAUAGUAUGAUGGGUAGCACAUAACUAGCUCUCUAAAUCUAAAUGUGGAAUGUUGUUUGUUUUG